AAAUUAAUUGUUGUGUACUCUCAUACAUAUGUAGCUGUUUGACACGACACGUAAAAUGAAUUAUUUUGUAAUUUUAUUAGUGACAUCAUUAUCUUCCUUGACAGUGCGAGGACAGUGUCCAUUUCCCGGUAAGUCAUUAGUAUUAUACGGUGAACGUGGUUAUGUCAUUUCUUAUAGUCUUACCACUAACCGGGUGUACAUUGAUUAUACAGUUACCAGUAGUGCAGUAACAACCUGUGACGGAUCUUCAAAAGCUGGACCACAGGUCUACAUCGACUUCUAUAAAAUAAACAGCCCAUGUACCUGUACUGUGACCCCGUCGAUCAGUGGUAAUCUAUACAUAACGGCCGAGAAAGUAACUGUUAGUUCAUGUACAACGACUAUAAUUGUGAGAGACACACGGUAUACUUGUCCAACAGAAAGAACACUGAGUCCACUAAAUGUCAUCGCAAACCAAUCAGUCACAGUGACAGCGAGUUAUGAAGAAAAUUACAACUAUGGGACAUUUCAUCAUUGCUUGGGAUUUUAUCAAUCAUCAGAUGAUGUUCAGGUAACAUGUGGAUCAGGUUCAACAACACAAACGACGACACCGGAGAAGACAACAGUGUACAUCACCUCCACGCCAAUGUCGUCAGCGGAAAUGACUGUCUCUCCGACUCAUCAAGACAAUUCUUCAACUGUUUCUAAUGAGUUAAGAAUGGGUACAGAACCAGCUGGAAAUAAAUUGGCACGGCAGUGUCCAUUUUCCGUUGCUGAUCAAUCAAUAACAACCUGUGAUGGAUCUUCUAAAGCUGGAGCAAAGUUCUACAUCGACUUCCACAAAAUAAACAGUCCCUGUACCUGUACUGUGAUCCCGUCGAUCAGUGGAUCUCUAUACAUACAAGCCGAGGAAGUACAUGUUAGCUCCUGUAAGACGAUUAUAAGUGUGGAAAACACACAUUAUACAUGUCCAACACAGAAAGGACUGAGUUCACUCAAUGUCAUUGAAAACCAAUCAGUCGCAGUUACAGCGAGUUAUCAACAACAGGGCGACCCUGGGACAUUUUUUCACUGUAUGGGAUUUUAUCAAUUAUCAAAUGAUGUCCAAGUGACAUGUGCAUCGGGUUCAACAACACAGACGACGACACCGGGGAAGACGACAGUGUACAUCACCUCCACUCAAAUAUCGUCAACCGGAAUCAACAUGACAGUGUCUCCGAUUCAUCAAGACCAUUCUACAACCGUUUCCGACACUUCACCCAUGACGUUUAAAGAGUCAGUUGAUGAUAAAUUGACAUACAUUAUUGCCGGUGCUGGGGGAGGAUUUGUGGUCAUUCUUAUAAUAAUGAUCAUAGUGAUUUGUGUGAGAAUGAGAAAGAAAACACCUGAAAAUAAAUCAGCGAAAGGCAAAUUAAAUACAGAACAUAAAAACGACGCCUACGACCGUGAGGCAGAUCUACCGUAUAAUCCUUUGUAUCAUUCUAACAAGCCAGAGGACGACGUGGGGUACUCCAUCGUGGAGGAACAACAUCAUAACGCUGUACCACCAUUACAAACAAACACAGACCACUCCCAUAACUCUAAAUCACCAGAGACAAAGAAUCAAAAUAAAGACCAUACGCAUGAUAUCCCUAUGUACGCCGUCCCUAAUAAACCAAAGAACACACCGACAGAGACUACAGGUGGCGCUGUGUACGCCGCCCCUAAUAAACCAAAUAAUACACCGACAGAGACUGCAGGUGGCGCUGUGUACGCCGCCCCUAAUAAACCAAAGAAUACACCGACAGAGACUACAGGUGUCGCUGUGUACGCCGUCCCUAAUAAACCAAAGAACACACCGACAGAGACUACAGGUGGCGCUGUGUAUGCCCAGAUAAACAAACCUAAGACAAACACCGCCCAGACCCCUGUCCGAACCCAGAACCAAGAGGGACUGGUCUACAUGGAAGUUGAACACAGUGAUGAUCCGAUUACCCAGAAUGCACCGCACAUAAAUGUGAUUACUGCCGAGAACAUGCCGUAUGCUGAAAUACAAAAGUAAUUAUUCAGGUAUUGUGUAGAUGAGCCUAACAAUAUGAACUUGAUAACUGUACGGUUAUUUUGUAUUGGAAUCCACAACAUGAAGUAUGUGAGUUGGUGAUUCAUUUUUCCCCCUACACCCCUAAUUCAUUCUAAAGUUCAUAAUGCUCACUGUGUGUAUUUGAAUAAUUCAAACCUCUGUAUGCAUGGCAUUUUAAAACAUUCUGUCUCCAAUAAAUGUUAGGUAUUGUAUAUUCUUAGACAUGGGUCAUUAAAUUUCAUUUUGUUUUUCU